CAUUGUGCUGCAUAGGCGGUCGAGGGACUCAACAAUCCCCAAUUCACGCCGUGAAUCUGUGAACUAACUUAGUGCGCGAAAUUAUUUUCUGCCGGAGAAAAUUUUGGUUAAAAAAAUGUGGAAUUUUUGUUUAGUAUUAUCUGUCUUCGGUGUGUGUGUUUUAAGUGCACUGACGAACGCGCAAACUAAAGGAGCACCCAAAGUAUUAUGUUCCGAAUCGACGAUGCGUGUAGAAAUCGAAAUGGACGGUGAAAAUUUGGGAAAACGAUUUUAUUUGGAUCAUUUACAACAUUAUCCAGAUGAAAAGUGCAAACCCCGGAAGGAAGGCAACCUGGCUGUGUUCGAAUUGUCCUUGGACGACAUCUACCAAUGCGGAGUAACUCGCAUGGUCAACAAAAUAUCGGGCAAACGUGUCUACUACCACAAGAUAAUAGUUGAAAGUGAAGACCCUACGACGCCGAAAGAAAUAAUUAACGUCAAGUGCGCUGGAGAAGCAAAAAAUCACACCUUGACUAGACGAAACGUCUUGCCGGCCGGCUUCCAGGAACCAGAAGAUUUGGAAAUUACAAACAGUUUCGUGAAAGACGCACCAGAACCUAUCCUCGGUGUGGGCGUUCGGCAGGCUGGUCGUUUGGUGACCGGAGAAUUGAACGUCAGUCCAGGUACUCCUCUACAAAUGGAAAUCUUUUUGGACAACGGAUCUGCUCCGGUUUACGGAAUUUUAGCCACUUACAUGCAAGUAACGGAUACCAAAUCGCAGGAAGAAACUAUUAUCUUUAACGGAUGUUCAGUAGAUCCAUAUUUGUUCGAGAAUUUCAAUACAGUAGAUGGUGAUUUCUUAUCCGCCAAAUUCCGGGCGUUCAAAUUUCCGGAUUCGACGUACGUUCAAUUCAGAGGCACAGUCAACGUGUGUUUGGACAAAUGCACUGGCGUGGAAUGCAGCAACGGUCAAAUCGGAUAUGGUCGUAGGCGCAGAGAUAUUCGAUCGCCAUCUAACAACAAGGUCUACGAAAUUUCGAUGACUACAUUCAUCAAAGUGAACUAUGACGAUAAUUCUAUCAUCGAUAAAGAAAACUUAUCAGAAUUGGAAAACCAGAUUAAGAGACUCAAGAUAACCAACCAGAAAUUGGCCCGCAACAGCCGUGCCGAAGGUUACUUUGUCCAUGAAGAUCAGGAAGAAGACGAGGAGAUGGAUUCUCGCGAGGCAGAAAGAGCAACAGUUGAAGAAACCUCAUCCAGACGAUCCUCCGAAGAAGAUUCUAUGGAAAGUGCCGGUGCAUUUCUUACUUAUGCAUCUUACUUGUCAAUUCUCACUGCUUACAUAAUUCUUAACAGAUUAGUAUGA